AUGGUGUUGCUGUUCUCUAGCAACGCUUUUAGGAGGGGUCGGUUGCCCCUCGUCCCGUCACGGUCUCUGAACCGAUCCUUUUCUUCAGCCUCUUCGCGAUUAGCAUCUAAAGAUCAUAAAUCAUCGAAUUCUGAACAAAAGCCCGAAAACCCUCAAAACGAGUCCAAACCCAACUCCCAAAAUAAAUCCCCGACUCCAAACGACACCAACACCAAAAGCGUGUCCGAAGCCGACGCAGAGCUCCGCGAGCGCCUCGAGAAAAUGUCCGGAGAAGGAGGCUCAGCCGGAAUCGAAUACGAAGAUGGCAAACCGAAUGCCAUGAAACGCAGCGUGCGCAACAACAUGUUCCGACUGAUCUAA